GGAAGGCCUUCGGCUGCGUGGGGGGGUACAUUGCCAGCACGGCGGCGCUGGUGGACACGGUUCGCUCCUACGCGGCCGGCUUCAUCUUCACCACCUCGCUGCCCCCGCCGGUGCUGGCCGGCGCCCUGGCCUCCCUGCGGGUGCUGGCCGGCCCCGAGGGCCGGGGGCUGCGCCGGGCCCACCAGCGCAACGUCAAGCACAUGCGGCAGCUGCUGAUGGACGCCGGGCUGCCCGUCGUCAGCUGCCCCAGCCACAUCAUCCCCAUCCGGGUGGGCGACGCGGCCCUGAACUCCCGGCUCUGCGACCUUCUCCUGUCCCAGCACAACAUCUACGUCCAGGCCAUCAACUACCCCACGGUGCCCCGGGGCGAAGAGCUGCUGCGCCUGGCGCCCUCCCCCCACCACACGCCCCUCAUGAUGGACUACUUUGUGGAGCGGCUGGUGCAGGGCUGGCAGGACGUGGGGCUCCCCCUGCAGCCCCCCGCGUCCUCCGCCUGCCACUUCUGCCAGCGGCCCCUGCACUUCGCCCUCAUGAGCGAGUGGGAGAGAGAUUCCUUCGGCAGCCUGGGGGCCCAGUGCCUCACCAGCAGCGCCUGAGCCCGGGACGGACCCCCCCGGCUUGGGACGGACGGACAGAUGGACCCCCCGGCGUGGGACGG